AAGAUUACUUUGUGAUCAGAGUGCUUAUAAAUGGAUCAGAUCGAUGAACAAAUUACACUGCCAAAUGAUGCUUGGGAGAUUGCGCAAGGGCUUUGAGUCCUGUAACUUUUAAUAUUGUGGAAUGGGACUUUGAGAAAUUUUCAAUAAUUAUCCCUUCUGAUGGCAGUGCUUAUAUGAUUUUACGGAUUGCAGAGCAGUUUAUCAUUGCAAAUUCAAUGAAGCAUGUUGUGAAGAUCUUGACACUAGUUGUGGCCAUCACUGCCUUUUGGAUUGGUCUCUUGCAGACUUCUGUUGUCCCAUGUAGUCAUACUUGGUUGCUGCCUAUCUAUUUUAUUGUGUCCCUGGGGUGCUACGGUUUAUUAAUGGUCGGAAUUGGUUUGAUAUGUUUUCCAACUUGUCCUCAAGAAGCACUGCUAUUGCAGCAGGACAUCAAAGAGGCCAAAGAAUACCUGAAGCGAAACAAAAUUGAUGUUGGCUCUGAUUGAUGGCUUGAACAUGGUUUCUAUUUGUUUUGGAUACAAAGAAAGAACCCAAGUUGGCAGGGAUGCCGGAUUGAAACUUAAUCUGCCAUUUUGGUAGUGCAAAUAGGUAUACAGUAGAAGUAGAGGAAACUAAAGAAUUUUUCUUUCAUUAUUUGGACAGUCUCAUGCAGACUGUCGGUGUGUGACAAAAAUUUUGAUUACACACUGAUUAACUUCAAAUUUGGAGCAAUAUGAGUUCUUGAGAUACAA